AUGAGUUUACAGAAAUUGCUGGUCUUUGGAGGAUCUGGUCGUAUCGGCCGUAUGGUGUGUCAAUACGCACUGGAGACUAAGAAAUAUGGUGUGAAGGAUGGUUAUGUCUCAGCCUUCGUGAGAAACGCCAUCAAGCUGCGAAAGGGAGAGACUGAACAAUACGCUGAUCAAAUCGAUGCCUAUGAAGGCAACGUUCGUGAUAUCGGUCAAGUUAGAUCCGUAAUCAAGGAAGUGAAGCCAGACAAAAUAGUCUCUGUCAUUGGUCCGAAAGAUAUCCGAGAUCCAUCAGUGAUCAACUCAAUUGCUGCUCUCCACAUAAGUCUAGCAAUGAAGGAGAAUGGAGUCAAACGUCUUAUUCUAAUGACAGCAAAUGGCUUGCUUCCACGCUCUACAGAGGAUGCUUCUAUUGGAGCUGACAUGUAUUAUGAAACUGGAGAACUGCCUGUUUGGUUGAAUCAUGCAUGCUAUGACAUGAGGCACGCAACAGAACUCAUCAUGUCCACAGAUCUGGACUGGACUCUUGUGUGUCCACCAUAUAUGCCCAAAGGUCCAUUUCUGAAGACAGAUGGGAAAUAUCGAGUAGUGAUAGACGGUCCUGUUGAGAACGGGAAGGUGCUCGCUGCUGCUGAUUGUGCAGACUUUAUCGUCAAAGCACUCGAUCGAGAUGAUCUCAUCCGUCAUCGAGUCGGAAUCGCAUACUGA